CCUUAGAUGCUCAGCUCCCUCCUCCUCUCUCUUCUUCUUCUCCUCCUCCUCCUUGUCCUGUUCUUCUCUCCUCCUCCUCCUCCUCCUCCUCUCCCCUCUCGCUUUGCCGCUCUCUCACAGCCUCGGUUUUCUUUUUUUUUUCUCCUCUUCAAUCUUGUGCAGGUUGUAUCUGACGGAGGGACCGGUGCCGCGCUCCCAUCCCCGCGCUCCUUCAGCAACAACACUGAUUCAUCAGCACCUGUGCCAACAGCAGCGAGUCGAGUGACCCAGCUCCAGGCCGACCGGCUUCACCUGUACAUGGAGACCCCCAGCUGGGCAGGAAACACGUUGUGUAAGUCAGGAAGCAUUGCUGUCUUCGGGAACGUGGUGUACAGCGGACUGCUGAACGAUCACCUCUGGCAUUUGGGAGUGCCCCUCUUUACAAGACUGGGUAACCAAGAGGCCACCAACCCCCCAGAAGCGAUGGCCCAGCCGUACACCCCAGCCCAGUACCCGCCUCCCCCACAGAAUGGCAUUCCCGCAGAGUUUGCGGCACCUCACCCGCUCCCGACGCAGGACUACACCGGGCAGAGCCGGGUGCCCGAGCACGCCAUGACCCUCUACACGCCCACACAGACGCACAGCGAGCCGGCCGGCACUGACAACAGCACGCCCGCCACCACGACCGCACCGGUCAGUGUCCUUCACCACCUGCAAACACUGUUCUCAACACGCUGUCAGCAAACAGAUGAUGUGACGCAAACAGAGGGCUCUCAGCAGCUCCAGCUCCAGCACUCAGACUCUUCAGAGAAGCAGCAGCCCAAAAGGUUACAUGUCUCCAACAUUCCCUUCCGCUUCCGGGACCCUGACCUAAGGCAAAUGUUUGGGCAAUUUGGAAAGAUUUUAGAUGUGGAGAUUAUCUUUAAUGAGCGAGGAUCCAAGGGCUUUGGGUUUGUAACUUUUGAAACAAGCACAGAUGCUGAUCGUGCACGGGAGAAACUAAACGGUACAAUCGUAGAGGGACGCAAAAUAGAGGUGAACAACGCGACAGCACGAGUGAUGACAAACAAAAAAGUGGCCAACCCGUACACGAACGGCUGGAAGCUGAAUCCGGUGGUCGGAGCUGUCUACGGUCCUGAACUGUAUGCCGUAACAGGAUUUCCCUACCCUGCCACAGGCGCUACGGUGGCCUAUAGGGGUGCCCACUUGCGGGGACGGGGACGGGCUGUGUACAACACAUUCCGCACAGCUCCACCUCCACCACCAAUCCCAGCUUACGGAGCGGUGGUGUACCAAGAUGGCUUCUACGGUGCAGAGAUUUAUGGUGGCUAUGCAGCAUACAGAUUUGCCCAACCCACCACCACCGCUGCUUACAGUGACAGCUAUGGCAGAGUCUAUGCAACAGCAGACCCUUAUCACCACACGAUUGGCCCUGCAGCCACAUACAGUGUGGGGACCAUGUAAAUACAAAAUGAAGAGCUGUACUCAGUAUUGAUGGACAUCACAGAUGAAAACAACGAAGAGAGGAGAACUAGCUUUAAGAAAAUAACAAAAGAAGAAGAAGACAAGGAGGAGUCCCUCUACUGAGGCUGGCGAGGAAAGACGGGAGGCGUACAAAGUGGCGCCGCGGCAGUGGUGUCAAACCAGCCACAAACUUGACAGACGGAGUGAGCCAGUUUCCACCAGGGACCACCUUUUUGCCGGGUAGAAAAAGACAGAGAUAGAAUGAAAAGUGUCCCGUUAUUAUAAAACAUUUUAUUUUUCUAUACUUUUGUGAUUUACAAUGGUAAAAAAAAAAGUGUGUAUAAAGCAGUAUAUAUGUACAAA